UACAAAAAAGGUGAGACCAGAAAUGAAAUCUGCCAUCGAUCUGGCAGCACUUUUCGAAAAAGAAGCGACAAAGCAAACAGACUAAAAAAAUUGAACAAACUGGCCGUUUGCAAUUUGUUAAAUUAUCAGCGAAAAUGUCGCACAUAUUAGUCGAUGAGGAACAAUUGGAAACGCUGGCGUACGAGCGCUCAAAAGUUUGGUCAAGUUUUCUCAAGCGUUACGAGGAUAUUGACGAAGGCAAAGAAAUUGAAGUGCACGCGAUUGAUCAGCUAUAUAAAGAUGAAGACGACGAAGACGAAUACGACGGCAUUGAGGAGGCCGACGAGGAGACUGUGGAAGAGGAUGUCAACAAUACGACGGCAUUCAUGAGUAAAACUGAACUAACGCAAAUGCUCUGCAGCGGCGACAACAAGGAGAUCUUCAAUCAAACGUUGCCCAUUGUCGAGGAGCAUGUGCGCAAAUGGAAGGAAGCUGGACUGGAUCGCAUUCUGAACACAUUCGAUGCCCAGAAGAUCGAACAGCACGUGGGUGAUUGGAUGCGGCGUCAUAAUAGCGCAUAUGGUGACAAGACGCUGCUGCAGGUGGCGUCGCCGAAGAAGCGCCAUAAGGCGCACACUGGACACUAUUGUCUGUCGAGCGGCAGUGAAACGGAAUCAAUGCACUCGAUGGACACAGCUCGGUAUAUACGGGCCAGUCGCAAACGUACCUCGCCCUCAUCGGUGACCAAGUGCAGCAGCAGCCGGAGUCCCAUGACCACCAUUAAAAUGUAUCGCACGUUGCCGAGGAAACGCGACGAGUUGCGGGCCAAAUAUGGCUGUGAUGAGGAACAGGAGCAUCGCCGUCACAUGCAGGCAGUCCUUCAUCGUCGUGACAGACGCAAGCGCGAACGGGAGUUGAUUUAUCAUACGAGUCCACGGCAUUAUCCAUAUGCCAAGGCGGUCAGUAUUUCGAAUGGACAGCCGAGUCGGCGCAAACAGUUGCACAAGCGUCUCGACAGUUCGCCAUUGUUUCCCUCAUCCACAUCGUGCUCUUCCUCCAGCGAUGAUGAGCGUGCCGCUGGUGGUUGCAAUUGUAGUGCUUGCGUUAGGCGCGUGUUCUCCAAGACGACGGCCUAUCCCUACUGCUCCUAUCGCACUCAUCAGAGUCACCGCAAUCGCAGUUACCAUCAUCAUCAUCGUCACCAUCAUCAACUAAGCACGAGAUCCAUGCACAGCACGAUGCAUUUCAAGCAUAUCGUUCGCAAGCUGCAAUGUCAGAAUAACUGCGAGGAGGACAUGCGUCCCCGUCUGCUCGAAACUGAUUGCAACUGCUGCACUAAGGAACGACUUUGUUCCAAAGUGUUGCACAUUGCCAACAGCUCCACGGAGGAGUGGCUCGUUGAGAAUCGUAGCAGUCCAGAUCCUGGGCCCCUGCUCGAAACACCCAAAAGCAGCAUGACCCGCGAACAGAUUGCAAAGCAAAAAAUCGAAUUCAUAAAAGUGGAAUCCGAUGUGGAUGAAGAUGAUACGAAGGAGUUGCCAACAACCAGCCGAAAGCAACUGGCAGAGAAAACUAAAGCACUGGUCACCUUCUCUGAAGUGGAAUCCAGACCUGGCAAAGCGAUACCGAAAUCCAUUCUGAAAGCGACUCCUGCUAAGAUCCCAAACAAGUUGGGCAGUCAGCCAAACACCGAAAUUGCCACGCCGGCACCUAAUAAAACAGAUAAGACUCUGACGCAGAUUAAGGAGACCGUCACCAAACCCGAUAUAACCAAAAUGCCAAAACAAAUUAGGGAAACCUUUGUCAAACCCAAUCCACCCAGUAGCCUUAAGAAGCAGGCGGCCAAGAAAGUCCAAAGCAGCAAAGCAAAAAAUUCAAUGGACAAAUCCAGUGAAAAAUCUCAGGAUGAUAACAAGACGCAAAGGAAAACCACAACAAAAGAGAAGAGCAACAAUAGAGACGACGACGUCGUGGAGGAUCAAGAGGACGAAGAGGUGACGGAUGAUAAUAAUGAUAAGGAUCUGAAACUAGCGCUGGCGCUCUCCAAGAAAUCUUAUUAUGCGGAGCGUAGGAAAUUGCGGCAACGGGCAACGAAGAAACCCGCUAAAGAUUCACUCAAGCAGAUUCCCGAGCAGUCGACGAUCUUCAACAAUCAGAGCGUUGCCUGUAAUUCCACGGCACUGUCCAAUGACGUCGCUGGUGCCAAACAGAUACAAAAGUCUGUGGCAGCGAGCAGUUCCCUUGCUCUGAUUGAUUUAUGCAGUUUAGAGUCCAUCGAUCUGCCCGAUGGUGAGGCCGACUGCACGGUGGUCACAUCAACAACGGGCUGCGAGGCAGCUCCAGUUCCAGUUACAGCUGCACAGUCUCCGGCAGAGCCAGAUGCGGAUACUACUCCAAUUCAACGUCCCAAGUUAACUAACAAGGGCAUUCUACUUUAUGCACCCGGAUCAGAUCAGUCACAGAGCCAGCAGAGCUUCAGCUCGAAUUCGAGCGUGGGCAACUUUACGCUCACCGAGCAUGCGCUUAAUCCCAUCAUUGGGCAGCGGCGGGCGCUCAAGUUCAUCAAAUAUCACAUGGGUCAUCGCAGCUUUGAUAGUCGCUAUUCGGUUUACUAUCGUCCGUCGGCAAAGUUGGCCGCCCUUUUGCAGACCGAUGCCAAAUCAUUGGAUUUGCAGUCGUCCAGUUCCAGUGGCAGCGAUGAUGACAUCUUCGAGCGUGUCCAGCGCUACGGAGACGUUUAUACGGUGCUCGAGAAGUGCAACGAUCAGACUUAAAAGCAUGGAGAAAAGACAAAUGAUCUUUAUCACUUAUCAUGUAUCAUUUACUCUCAGCAUAUCCAUCGAAUAAUUCCAAUAGCAUUUUAAGAACGUUUUUCUACAAUUUCUUUAUAUGUGUUUAUGCAAUUUUUCAAAUUUUACCUGUACAA